AACAAAGUUGACCACAAUCUCCAGGACCUAUGUUUCCCAGCUCCAUGGCCGCUGCCGCAUGGCCUGAGGAGGAUUUUGUGUGCUCUGUCUGUCUGUAGACACUACGUGACCCCGCCACACUGCCCUGUGGUCACACCUACCGCCUGUCCUGCAUCCAGAGGCACUGGGACCAGAAUGAGGCCAAGGGUCAGUUUAGCUGGAGGUGUGUGCAGACACAGGCCUUCGCCAAGGGGGGGAUGUUCCCCCAACUGCCCGUCAUCAGCCCCAGGCUUUGCCCUCAACACCAGCGGCCCCUAGAUCUCUACUACCAUGAUGAUAAGGAGUGUUUGUGUGACCAGUGUUGUCGUGAUGGACACAAGGGCCACCGUGUGGUUAAGCCGCAAGAGGAGUGGAAGGGGAGAUGGAGGGAGCUAGUUCCAAUGCAGGCCGAGACACCAAGGAGGAUCCAAGAGAUGGAGAAGGAGCUCAAGGAGUUCCCACUAACUGCCCAGCUCCACAAACUCUGUCCAGGCCCUACAGAAGGAGGGUGUGGAGCUCUUCUCUGAGCUGGUGAAGAGUAUGGAGCUGAUGGGUACCCAGGUCGGGGAGUUCUUUGUGCCCAUCAGGCCUCCAUUGGCCACCAGACCGAGGGCCACAUCCACAAGCUGGAGCAGGACCUGGCCCAGCUCCGCAGGAAAGACCA